AAGUAAAAGAGAAAUAAGCGCUCUUAGCUGUGAUGGCGAAAAUGGAAGUAGAAGUGGUCAAGACCAUCUUGCUUGCAAAGCAGCAGCUGCCUGAAGUGGAGAUAGAGAAGUACCAGAAGUUCCAGGGAAGCAUCAUGCCAAAGGGGGGGACACGAAAUUGCUGCACGAACGCCUGCGCCUCUAUGUGUGAGGUUUUGGGAAAGGUGUGUGAGCGCUUGUGCUUCUGCUGCUUAUAAUAAGUGAAGUAUUAAUAAUGAUGAAGUUCAAACAAUAAUAAUGAUGGAUUAAU